GAGGCGGGAAGGUCGUCAGCGCAGGUACUGAGAAAGCUGAGGGACUGCCUGGUGGUCCUGUGAGCAGGGGGGCGUCCUGUACGCGGCCACCCUUGGCCCCUUCGGUGGCACGUGGCCUGUGGUCUGCAUUCUGCUCUCUGCUCUUGCGUCUGGAAGCUAUUUCUGGGCCAAAAGAGGUGACGGUUCUGACAGCGACUACCUGGGCUCCUGCUGCCUGGCCUGCAGCACCACGAGGCAAAAGGCUGGUCCACUGUGGUCCUGCCCUCUCCUCUCUUCCCCGGGUCGGGCAGACACGCCCCAGUUCUCCUGAACCUGGCUGGGCCUCAGACUGGCUCUAGGCAAUCAAAGGGAAGUGAGGAGCCAGCGGGGCCUUCUCCACAUUCUCUGCACUCGGCCCACAGCGACCAGCGGCCUUCACUGGUGCCUGGCCUGAGGAAGACCAACAGAGCAGAGGCGGCCUGCGGCCAUGACCACGGACCUCUGCUGUUUCCAGCGCAGGGACUAGAGCAUGUCUGUUAGCACAGCGCAGCCUGGCUUCUCCUGACCGAGUGAGCUGUGUCCCUUCCCUUUUCUGUGGGCGAGCUCCUUCGUCUGGAAGCCCAAAUUUCCUCCUCUGCAAAGUAGUGUCCCUCUCGGGGUUAUUCAUAGCAGAGGAGGUGAUUCGCAGUAAGGGGCAGUGGAAGGCGAGCGGGCCGGUAGGACACGUUAGUGCUUCUGCCUCUGCAGCGUCCCCCGGGGGCUGAAUUAGUGAAGGGACAGACCCGUGUGUGGUUGGGGCCACAGGCCCUUCAUUGUGAGUUUGGCUCUCCUGCCACCAGGUCUCUCUGCCACCUCUGCACCUCUCAUCUCUGCAGGUCCUUGUGUGGCCACAGGCUCCAACUGCUGCCUGGUGUUCCCCAGGUCUGACACCAUCUCAGCCCAGGGCUGCAGAGGACAGAGACCUCUCUCCUUCAGCUUCUGGGAAACCCCAAGAGAGACUGGUCACAGGCCCAUCCUGGGGGAGAGAGGCUUCUAGAAUGACCUAAGGGAAUAGAGAAACAGCACUCAGAAGGAAGGGGUGCUGUUACUGGAAUGCACAAGGGAAGGUGUCCCCUCAGGUGCACCCCAGAAAAACCCGUGCACACCCGGUGACAAAGCCACCGCUCUGGCUGUCUGAACGGAACAGCUCCUUCCGGCACCUGGUUGUCAGACUGACACGUGUGGUGGGAACCCAGGGCAGUGGGAACACGUGCAGCCUUCUGGGCUCUGCUACACGUCUCGAGGCUAAGGAGGUGCUCAGGGAAUGGAGGCCAGGGUGUCACUGCUGGCCUCCAGCUGCACCCUCUGAGAACAAGCUUGAUAUGCGAUGUGUGAUCUGCCCCAUGGCUUACACAUGAAGCAGCCCUUCCCCAGGUUUUUACAAGCUUAUGAAUGACUGCUUUUACUUCUGUUUGCCAAGAUUUCACUUUUUUGAUAAAACUUUUGACAAGCCAUUUUUCCUAUUAUAUAAGCAGAUUAUAUUGUAGAAAAUUUGGGGAAUGGAGAAAAGAAGAAACAAAUCACACUAGUUCACACCACGUGGCAGAAAUGUACUCUUAGAAUUUUUUUACAUCAACACAAAUUCUUUUCCCAAACCGUUUUAGAAUGGUUUGCAUACAUUCUGUCCCUUGGCCCCAUCACACUGCAGGUUCCUGUUCUGUCUCUGUCCCACUGUUCUUCACGACGUUUUCCCUUCAACCCAGGAUCCAUUUUCCCUUCAGUCCAGGCUCCAGUCUGGGAUCAUAUCUUGCCUUUAGUUGCCAUAUGCCCUCAGGAUUCCUUAGUGUGGAUCCGCUCCUCAGCCUCUCUUACCUCCCUGGAGAUGGUUUAUUCAUUGCAAGGGCAGAAAUAGCAGCCAUACAGUGGAAAAAGCAGACAACACCUCGACUACAUGAUCGGAAUUAUCACCAGCCAGUGAAGGGCCGAUGGACACCAUGUACCUUCAUAUGUGACACCCUGAGGACACAUCAUUGCAGUGUUGCAGCUGGACAUGCAUGACCUGUGUCCAGCUAAAAGGAAAGGGGACGAGAUUGUGGAAGGAACAGGUGGGGCUUUCCAGGCAGGGGAAUGGAAUGAGCAGAGGCUCAGAGAGAGGCGAGAGCGAGCCUGGUGUGUUCAGGGAAUGACAGCUGGCCCCACAGUUGGAGGAAGAGGUGAGGCUGGAGAGGUGGGUGGAGGUGAGGAGCCAGCGCUAGGCUUAUCAAGGUAAGACCUGCUGCCAUCCACGCAUGGUGUGUUCUGGGCACAGCGGACAGCAUGGAGCUCCCGGCUUUUGGAGAGCCAGCCUCCUCCAUGGCCACCAUCGAUGGCCCAGCCCAGCAUCGGGGGCCCCUCACCAUCUGUGCUUCUGUUUGGUGAGUGGGCUGAGAACUCGGAGCGGGAUGGGGGGUGGCCCAGAACAAGAGACAUCUGUAAAAGUCAGAUGUCAAGGGACAUUGUCAGGGAGCAGGGGGAUGUUUCAAGGGGCUCUCUGGGCUUGGGUUUCCUGAAGCAUGUCAGAAUCAGGAGGUUGAGGAGAGACUGCAAGUGUCACUGACAGGAAAGUGCCUAGAGCAUGGAGACACAACUGAAUGAUGCCUUGGGGACAUGCCACUCAUAACCCAAGCCCCAGGACACAGGUCUGUGGCAGAUGCCGUAAUGGUAUUUCAGCCGCAGGUAAACGUGGGGGCAUCCAUUCUGCAGAGAAACCCAAGGUUGCAGUGCCCGUGGGAAACCUGCACCCCCACCCUACGGGCGUCAGACCCCAGAGAACUCCUGCCCCAGGAACUGGGUCUUGCCAACGACUGCGCAGGCUUAGGAGCAGAUGCUUCCCUGUGGAGCCCUCAGGCGAGCCCCUAGUCCUCGGAGAGACUCGCCUGGGACGUGGCUAGGCUGUCCCCAGACUCUGCAACCAAAUACACUGUGAGAUCAUAAAUGCAGGUUGUUUUAAGCCUGUAAGUGUGUGGUCACUGAAAACUACUAGUGAGGGAAACUGGGAGAGGUGGGGUCCCUGCAGCUGGGAGGAGAAAAUGUGUCAUGAGGGCAGAGUCGGUCAUACGUGUGUUGGCUGCUGCAGCGGGAACACUCCAGGAGGAGGGGGCUGCGGUGCCUUUGGGCUUAGCGAGGGGAAUCCACAUGCUGGGGAACAGCAAGCGGCGGGCUCUGCCGCCUGGCGGGCGGUCUGAGGGUCCCUCCCCUGGCGCCUUUUCUCUGGCUCUUCUCCACGGGGGAGGUUUCCUGACAUGUCCCCACCCGAUCCCGCGCUCCCGAGCUUUUCUGCCUGCCUCCUUCCCCCACGGAGCCCCCGCCUUUCUCCAUGAGUACUGCCUGCAUUCGUUCAUUCAUUCGUUCUUUCCGCAGUCAGCUCGGUCACCAAACCCAGACUGACAUCCCUGACCCCAUCUCUGGACCCGGCGGGAGGCGAUGGAGCCCGGAGGGGACAGAGGAGAGACCCGGGAGCCCCGCCCGAGGCGGUGCCCGCAGAGGUCGGGGCCCUGGAGGGCCCGCGGGGGCGGGCUGACAUGAAGAUGGCUGGGCCAAGGCCCUCGCACACGGAGGUGUUCCCACACCUGGUGUUUCUGCUAGGUGCUGCGGAGGAGGGUCCCCAGGCUUGCGUCUCCAGAACCCACAGAGGCCACCUUGAUGGACACAUGCACAGCUUUUCUGGCACAGGCAUCCAGUGGUGGCCAUGCUUCCAGCUGUGCUGCUGAGCAAGGGGCUGAGAGCACAGGGUUGGCACCAAAGCCAGUGAUGUUAGGAGAAGGGGAAAGCCAUGGAGAGAGUGUGCCAGGACUGCUUCAGGGGCCUCCCCGGGCACUGGGGCUUCGGGACCUUUGUGGGAUUGAGGAAGCUGGAGAGAAGCCCGGAGAUCCCCCUCGGGGACUGGCUGUUUAUGAGAAAGCUGCAGGGCAGAACGGCCACGGGAGCACUGUGUCUGGGUCCGAAGUCACCCUGAAUGCAGGCUCUGCAAUGGAUGGGAGAGGAAGCUGGAAAGGGCGGCCUUAUCGAUGCAGCACUUGCGACAGGGGCUUCAAAUGCUAUUCGGAUGUGGUGAAGCAUCAGAGCAUUCACUCUGGGGAGAAACCCUACGAAUGCAGCGACUGUGGGAAAGCUUUUAUCCACAGCUCACAUGUCGUCAGGCACCAGCGAAUUCACAACGGGGAGAAGCCGUACGUUUGCAAGGAGUGUGGGAAAGCCUUCAGCCAGAGCUUCAACCUUAUUAGGCAUCAGAGAAUCCAUACGGGAGAAAGACCUUACGAAUGUCCUGAAUGUGGCAAGUCCUUCAGUCAGCGGUCAGACGCUGUUAAGCACCGGAGAAUCCACACUGGAGAGAGACUGUAUGAGUGCAGCGAAUGUGGGAAAACCUUCAUUCACAGUUCCAAUGUCGUUCGGCACCAGAGAAUUCACCAUGGAGAGAACCCCUAUGAAUGUAAAGAAUGUGGGAAAGCCUUCAGCCAGAGCUCCAACCUCAUUCAGCACCAGAGGGUGCACACCGGCGAGAAGCCCUACGCAUGCCAGGAGUGCGGGCGCGCCUUCAGCCGAAGCUCCUUCCUCAGCGAGCACCGGCGCAUCCACACUGGGGAGAAGCCCUAUGAGUGCAGCGAGUGUGGGCGCGCCUUCCGGGCCCUGUCCGGCUUCUUCCGGCACCAGAGGAUCCACACCGGCGAGAAGCCUUUCCGCUGCAUGGAGUGUGGGCGCGCCUUCCGCCUGAGCUUUCACCUGAUCCAGCACCAGCGGGUUCACGGCCCCGAGUGAACCUGGGAGGGGUGGUGGAGCAGGGACAACAUGCCGACGAGACUGGAGGGGGCGGGGGUGACACCCGUGAAAGCUUGCCCACGCCAAGAGGUUUGUGUGCUUCGUUCCACGUGCAGUGAGGACAAUAAAGCUGUCUUGGUGGCUUAGUCUUGCCCAGGCGGAAGGCUUCAGCCUGUCUGUCUGCUGCCACCUUGCCUGGGGGCAGUCGGAAGAGAAGGGCGUCUCAGGGAAGGCCAGCUGUGUCGAUGGGAAUGGAGGUUUUCCCAGAGGAAGGGAGGGGAUCGAUGGUGACGUGUCCACUGAAAUGAAUUGUUUCACUUUUAUAGCACUGUUUUUCCUGAGGUGUAAUUUACAUAUGGUGAAAUGCAUAGAUCUUAAGUGUUUGGUUUUAUGAGUUUUGACAAAUAUAACCCGUUUUGACCUUUAUAACUACCACACUAUGAAGAUGGAGACUAUUUCCAUCAUCCCAGCAAGUUCCUUUAUGCCUCCGUCAAGUCGACCCCCUCAUCCUCAGAGGCAACCAGUGAGUUCAUUUCUAUCACUAAAGUUUUGCUUGUUCUAGAACCUUGUAUAAAUAGAACAUUGUAAUCUUUUAUGUCUGAUUUCUUUCCCUCUACUUAAUGUUUUUGAGAUUUAUCCAUGUACCUGUUGUAUGUCUUUUAGUUCCGUAGCACUUUUUAAAAGGCAAGAGUCACUUUC